AAUCACAGAAUGGACCUCUGGAGUCUGGCGAUUAGAAUAACUUUCUUAUCACAAAUUACCAUUGGAAUUAUGGGAAAUUUCUUUCUAAUUUUCUACUAUCUAAUCCUUUACUACAGAGAAAGCACAUUAAAACCCACAGAUCUGAUCCUUUUGAACCUAAUGGCAGCCAAUGCCUUGAUCAUUCUCUCAGCAGGGGUACCCCAAACCAUGGCAGUAUGGGGAAUGAAGAAGUUCUUGAAUAAUUUUGGAUGCAAGAUCCUACUGUACAUUCAAGGAUUUAGCCGAAGUCUGUCCAUUUGUACAACCUGCCUCUUGAGCGUCUUCCAGGUCAUGACCAUCAGUCCCAGGAAAUCCUGUUGGAAAUACCAUAAAGUAAAAACUGCUAAGUAUAUCAGCUGCUCUAUUUCCCUGCUCUGGGUCUUGUAUAUGUUGAUAAAUUUCAUUUUCUUUAUGUACCCAUUUACCAAAAUUAAUAGCAAAAAUGAGACAAGAAAACGAGACUUUGGAUACUGCUCUAUUGUAGGGCAUGAUGAAAUCAGCGAAUCCCUCUAUGCAACAUUGGCAAUGUGCCCUGAAUUCUUCUUUUCUCUGCUCAUUGCCUGGUCCAGUGCCUCCAUGGUUGUCAUUCUGCACAAACACAAGCAGAGGGUUCAAUACAUCUGUAGUUCUCAUAGUUCCAGUAGAGACUUCCCUGAGUCCAGGGCCACUCAAAACAUUCUUGUCCUGGUGUCUACCUUUCUGGCUUUUUAUACUCUUUCUACCAUCUUGCGAAGCUGCAUUGCUUUUUUGUAUAAUCAAAAUGUGUGGCUGGUGAACAUCACCCACCUCACUUCUCUGUGUUUUCCCUCUUUUGGACCCUUUGUUCUUAAGAGUCACUACUCCAUUGUGUCAAGAUUGAGUUUGGCCUGGAUAAGAAAAAAAUUAUCUCCUUAUUUUAUUAUAAGUAUGUAA